AUGGCGGCCUCCGCGGACAACGCGAGUGAUGCUGGUGCUUCGAGUCCCAUUUCAGCUACUUUAGCGGAUAAUGGCCCUGAAAUCCAGUACAGUGUGGUCUUGGAGCAUCUUAUCGGGCAGAAGAGGCAGGUGAAGGACCUAAACCCCACUGUUAUGGGAGGUUUCCCAGUCCCUCAUAAAAGUAACGAGCAGAAGAUGAUCGAGAGGGGAAUGGAAAGCUGCGCUUUCAAGACUGUCCUGGCCUGUGUUGGAGGUUUUGUUCUUGGAGGAGCUUUUGGAGUCUUCACAGCAGGUAUCGACACAAAUGUGGGGUUCGAUCCCAAAGACCCUAUGAGAACACCAACAGCACGAGAAGUCCUUAAAGACAUGGGCCAGAGGGGCAUGUCCUACGCAAAAAACUUUGCCGUCAUUGGUGCAAUGUUCUCUUGCACUGAGUGCAUCAUAGAAUCACACAGAGGUGUAUCGGACUGGAAAAAUGCUGUGUAUAGUGGAUGUGUUACUGGAGGAGCUAUUGGGUUUAGAGCUGGACUGAAAGCUGGAGUUCUUGGAUGUGGAGGUUUUGCUGCAUUCUCUGCUGCCAUUGAAUAUUAUCUACGGUGA